ACACACAUCAGGGAGAAAAAGUCAUUCUCAAAUUAUAGACGAUAUGACAAAGAUGAAUAAUGGUGUAAAGCCAACUCGUAUUGAGGUGUUAAAAAAACUCACAUUAGAUCGAAUAAAGAACCAGUAAAUGAGAUAGCUGGUGAAGUUAUGAAACAAAUGGAUGAUCUUGCCGAGGUGUAUCCUGAGUUGAAUGUCCCUGGAAGUGCUCCUAAUGAUGUGUACUCCCAUGUAAUGGGAUCAGACACUCAUGGAAUUGUCCGAACUCUAGGAAAAGGAGCAUCUCCUAGCUUAGUAUAUGGCCCCGUAUAUAAACGAUCUCAGGCUGAAAAAAGAUAUUUUGAUUCAAGGGUUGAGAUGGAAGUUCAAAAAGCUACCUCAGCUAUGAAAAUUGAGAUGACAGAGAAGAUGUAUGAAGCAAAAAAAGAGAUGGAAGCGAUGGAUAAAAAGUUGUUAGAAGCGAAAGAGGAAGCAAAAGAGAAUAACGAAGUGAUGGAGAGAAAAUUAUUGGAAACAAAAAUGGAUAUGGAAGAAACUAUAGCGGAUAAAGUGAAGGAAGGAAUACAAGCAUAUGUAGAGUCUUUGGGAAUUAAUGUUGAUGCAAAUUUAAAAUCAGAGCAGGUUCCUGAUAACCCACUUAAACACUGUCAACAACCAUCAUCACUUGUUCCAGGUGUUCACACAAGAAAGGCUAACAUGAUCAAGAAGACUGGAACUACCAUAGUUGGCACAAAUAAAAAGAAGUGGAAUUUUCAAGGAAAUUGAGGUCAAGUAUCGACUUCAAAAUGCUCGACUUUUGGGUUGAUGAUUUUAUAAAGAUUUAUUGCAAAUUUAUUGGAGAUUUUAAUUUCAUUUGAAUUAGGAGUUAAUUAGUUGGUUUUAUGUUGAGAUUAUUACAUUUAGUUAGAUUUUAAUUUUACUUGAGAUAGAAAAGAUAAUUUGUUUUGACAUUGUUUACUUUUACAGAAAACUUAUUAAAUUGCUAUUUUGUUCUUUGAUUAUAAUAUUAGAAAAUAUUUACUUU